UAAAUGUUCAUUUUUUAGGUCGUGGUCCAUCAAUUUUAUGAUUAUCAUGUUCACUUUAAUACACUAAAUAAUCAUUUUCUUAAACAUGUUCUCUUUUAAAUACUAAAUGUUCAUUUUUUUUAACGUGUUCAUUUUUUUAUUACUCAAUGUUCAUUUUUUUUUAAUUACGUGUUCAUAUUUUUUUACUAAAUGUUCAUAUUAUAAAGCGUGGGUGCAGCUAAGACUUAUUGUCAAUUAUGUACUUAUGUAGAGAUAAAGUAGUAGUUUUACAAAAAAUGAAGGAGUAUUAUAAAAUUUGCAUAUUGGUAAUCUAAAGAGCCCACUUGUUCUUUCUUUCAAAAAAAAAAAAAAAAAAAAAAAAAAAAAAAAAAAACCACUUGUUAUGUUUUGUUGGAUUGGGCUAGGGAAUUUUUAACCUAACACAAGCCCUCAAUCUUAUGUUCCUAGUCAAGAUGAAAAAAAAUUAAAUAAUAAAAAUAAAAUAAAAUAGAGUAUUUGUCUACUCGCAUUUGAAGUUGUUCACUUGUUCAUUAAUCGGCUUAUUGAGGCUAAACCAGCAAGCAACUCUGCACGGCGUGAAUUAGAGCCAAAAUUAUGAUGCAGGCACUGUGUAGAACAACUAAUCGCAAUCUCUUCAACUCACUCCAUUUUUAUUCCAUUCUACGGGGUUCUUCACAAACGAACAAUUUAUCUCAUUAUUCAUCAAAUUUUCAUACUUUUUUGCAAUACCAAUCAAAGGGUAUCUUUAAUAAGCAAUUGGAAUGUAAUGUAACCUGGGUUUCUGAGGGUAUUACUAGAGUGUUGAGCGUUAGGCUGUUGAGCAAUGCAUCUGUUGUUGGUGUAAAGGAUGAUAAUGGUGUUGUUAGGUUUUCUUUCGGCGAUUCGCCUUGUCGAAAGGGUGAUACUAGGGCUGCUGCCGAAGAAGGAAAGGGGAUGAUGGUGAGAAAGAAAAAGAAGUCAAAGAAGGCCAAGGUGAAUGAAUUGAGGCUUUACCGGCUUAUGGCGAAGAAGAAGAUGAAAUCGUCGAAUCCUGAAGUUAGGAUUAGAUAUAAACUGGGAAAGGCAAAGCGAAAGGAAGCUUGGCUGAUUGAGAAGUUGACAAAAUUUGAGUUACCUAAGGCUCCAGCUGAUACACAUGAUCCUGAAAGUUUAACAGAAGAAGAGAAAUUUUAUUUGAAACGCACUGGUGAGAAAAAGAAGAAUUAUGUUCCUGUUGGGAGACGAGGAGUCUUUGGGGGAGUUGUGCUCAACAUGCAUUUGCAUUGGAAAAAGCAUGAAACGGUUAAGGUUGUUUGUAAACCUUGUAAGCCUGGGCAGGUUCAUGAAAUUGCGGAAGAGCUUGUACAACUGAGCAAAGGUAUUGUUAUUGACAUAAAGCCUGACAACACUAUAAUUUUUUACCGGGGAAAGAAUUAUGUGCAGCCAGAUGUUAUGUCUCCUCCUGAUACACUGUCAAAGGCAAAGGCCUUGGAGAAGUAUCAGUAUGAACAGUCCCUUGAGCAUACAAGUCAAUUCAUCGAAAAGUUGGAGAAGGAGCUGGAAGAGUAUCAUGAACACCUUGCUCGGUACAAGAGAGAGAAAAAUAAUGCAUCAAAAGAUUCUAAUACACUUGAUUGAUGCAUUAUGUGCCUACUUUCUUGUUUACAUCAUUGUGCAUCGAACGCCUUCAAAGUGCUGAAAGACUUGAAUUUCCAGCUUAUGCUACAAAGUUGUUCAAGGAUUUUAUGGUUUCAUCUCUCACCUUUCUGGUGAUGAAACUUCUGAGUUGAAAACCCCUGUUUAGUGCAUGCUUCGAAACUGCAGUGCCUUUACCAAUUCUCAGUCAAGGGCUGGUACUAGAAGGUGUUGUGAUGUAGGCAAAAUCUGCUGUUGGAGGACCAAUAUCAAUGGUAAGUGUAUCCUCCUCCUCUUGUUUUCUUCACUAAAGCCCUCAACCACCCCACCCCCUAAAAGAAAAAGGAAAAAAACAAAUAAGUUAUUCAUUUGAAUUCUGCAGCUCCUCGCUAGCUAUGUUGUUGACGCAGGUUAUCCGAAUAUGAAAGGAUUUUUGGCUCCUUUUAAAGGUGAACGAUACCAUGUUCUUGAUUUUCGUCGUUCAACACAACCUCCAAAUGAUUUCUACGAGGUCUUUAAUUAUUCACAUUCGUCGUUGAGAAACGUUAUAGAGAGAACAUUUGGCGUCUGGAAAAAAAGAUGGAGGAUAUUAUUAAAUAUGCCCAGCUUUCCGUUGGAAACUCAAAAGAAACUUGUUGCAGCUACUAUGGCUAUGCAUAACUAUAUAAGAAGACACGCACUUGAAGAUUUGGAAUUUGAUAAAUGUGAUGCAGAUCCUUAUUAUAUAUAUACCUAAAGUUGAAGGGGAUGAGGAAAUUGGAGGCAACUUGGUAACUACUCUUGAAGAACAUGGACUGAUGGAUGAUUUUAGUAUGGAGUCUAUUCGUUACAAUAUUGCAACUUCUCUAAAGAGUCGUGGAUUGUAACAUUAUUGGGUCUUUUAUUAGGAAUAAUAAUAUCAGACAUUUGGGUUCAAUAAUGGGUAAUUAUGAACAUAUGAAACUUUUGGAUAUGGAUUUUUUUAUAUUUUGACAAUAUAAUCUAAGUAUUAGACUUA